AUGUUGUGUGGCUAUUGUCGAGAGAAUGCCCAGAACAAUUGCUCGGAUUGCCAUCUAUUUCCAUAUUGCUGCCCAAACCACUUUGAUUAUCACCGCUUCGACGGAAAGUGCCUUCCUUUCAAGAUCAAUUAUGACGAGCAAAAAGGACACCAUAUGGUGGCCACGAGGAAUAUUCGGGCCAUGGAGGUUAUUCUGGAAGAGUAUCCCCUGUUUCACGGUCCCUAUGUGAAGAGUCUGCCUCAAUGUCUGGAGUGUUUUAAGCCCAUUGCGGAUCUGGACAAUACACUCAGAUGUGCAGGGUGUCGGUUUCCAAUGUGUGGACCACCUUGUUCCGAAUCAUCCAAGCUCCAUUCAAAGACGGAAUGUAGUAGGAUGGCACAAGCUAAUCUGGAAAUUCAAGCGACAAACCAGGUUUCGAGGAGGAAAAAGAAGAAAAACAUGGAGCACGACGAGGAAUUGGAGGCGUGUGAAGAGAAUGGCAUUAUUACCUUUGAUUAUUCGGUGGUCAAUGUUCUUCGAGGUUUAGAGUUGAAAGCUACCAAACCAGACGCAUGGAUUGACAUAAUGCGAUUGGUAGAUCAUAAUGAGCAACGAAAGCAAGAGGGCAAUCCAACCUGGCAACUCUGGAUGACAGAGGUGAUUCCAAGGUUGGAGGAACACUUCCCGAAGAGCGACAUUCAAGAUGCUUUGAGGAUCUUAGGCAUUGGCAUCACCAACAGCGCCAAUUUGAACUUGCGCAAUGGAGGUCGUGGAACUGGGUUGUAUCCUACAUUUGCUCGAAUCAAUCACCGAUGCAUCUGCAAUACCAAGUCCAUCAAGCAUUUGGAUCAAAAAUUGCAGGUGAGAGCCAGUUUUCCCAUCCUAGCUGGAGAAGAGCUCACCAGCCAAUAUGUGAAGCCUCUCAAUGGGACAGCAAUCCGAAAGUUCAUUUUACGUUCCAAAUGGUAUUUUGAAUGUGAAUGUCCACGCUGUGCUGAUCCAACUGAACUUGGAUCCUAUCUAAGUGCAUUUACUUGUACUGAAUGUAAACAUGGCACUGUCCUCUCCAAAGAACCCCUUAAUCCUGACGCUUUGUGGAGUUGUCAAAAUUGUUCGUCGGAAUCUUCCGUUGAUCACCUCCAAACCUACCUCGACCGCUGCGUUGAGGAGGUGAGUGCUUCUGAACCGCAAACCAAUCUCAUCCACCAUUAUGAAGAAUGUCUUCAUAAAUUCAGUACCACCUUACACCCAGGCCAUCAAAUACUCACGGAUAUCAAUUCUCAAUUAGCUAUCCUUUAUGGCAGUCCAGCCUUUGGAGGAUUGGCCAAAAUGACGCGUCCUGAGCUGGAUCGCAAAAUUCAGGUCUGCCAUCAGGUCCUGGACACCAAUGGUAAGGUUGAUCCGGGCUACUCGGUUUGGAGAGCUAAAAUGCUGGUUCAGAUGACUCAAACGAAGGUCCACGUGGCUACGCGGGAUUUCAAGGCGGGAUUCAUCAAUGAGGACCAAUUGGAAAAUGUCCUUCGCGAAGAGAAGUUUCUCCGCGUCUAUUUGGCCUACUACCAAUCCAUUUUCAUGGGAUAUUGAUUGAAACGACUUUAUUUGCCUUUUUAGGGUAUUGAAACUUAAUCGCACUCACUCUCAGA